CCGUUUCUUGUACCCUGGGAAGAGAUGGGCUUUUGCAGAUCUCCUUGGAGAUGGUGGUAGUUCCAUGGAAUCUAAUUGCUCUGGCAGCAAGGAUGGAAAAUAUGAAUUGUUAACAGCAAUAAACGAUGCAAUUGCAGAAGAAAUUAAAGACCUCAUGACAAAAACUGAGAUGAGGGGUGAACAGACAGAAACUCUGUUAGCAGGAUCACUUGCUAAAGCACUUUGUUAUAUCAAUAAGAUGAGCAAACAGGUAAAAGCCAAUCAAGAAAUGAAAUCAAGGAUUUUGGUCAUAAAAGCAGCAGAAGACAGUGCAUUGCAAUAUAUGAAUUUCAUGAAUGUGAUCUUUGCAGCACAGAAACAGAGUGUUUUGAUUGAUGCCUGUAUCUUGGACUCUGAUUCGGGUCUUCUACAACAGGCUUGUGACAUUACAGGUGGCAUAUAUUUGAAAGUGCCCCACAUGCCAUCCCUCCUGCAGUAUUUGUUGUGGGUAUUUCUGCCUGAUCAGGAGCAAAGAUCACAGCUUGUCCUUCCACCUCCUAUACAUGUUGACUACAGAGCUGCGUGCUUCUGUCAUCGAAACCUCAUUGAAAUUGGUUAUGUGUGCUCUGUGUGCUUGUCAAUAUUCUGCAACUUCAGUCCUAUUUGUAGUACAUGCGAGACUGCUUUCAAAAUAUCAUUGCCACCUGUCAUGAAAGCUAAGAAGAAGAAAUUAAAGUUAGCUGUGUGA